ACAUGGCGAUGCUAGAGGUAUAGAAAAUGCGAUCGUCUGCAAUAAUAACGACAAACUAUUGUUUAGCCACGUGACUUUUUAACUAGAGAUCUUUCGACUCCGUCAUUAGUUUGUGUCGAAGCCUAAGUCGAAAAAACUUUUUAAAAAGUAAAUUUAAUCGAAUUGGCCCAUGCCAGAUCUAUAGUUAACGGAGGCGAUUAGAUAAAUCUUCACAAGCCAUGGUAUACAAAAAGAUCCAAAUGCAAACAGCUUGUGCCGCACGAAUUGAAUAUUGUGCCUGCCCGACCUGACAUUUACAUUCAUGAGGCUUCAUACGGUUGGCACAGAUCAAUAUCACAAUGGACAUAGAGUUUAAACCAAUACACCCUCCUACGCCUGCUGGUUGAUCAGCGCGCAAAAUAUCAAUAAAGCUUGGCGUGCAUUGCAAGAGACGGCUGGGUUACGUUCUGAUGAAUUGAAAAUUAGAAUUAAAGGGUGAUCAAUGAUAAAUAAUGGAAGUGGAUGAGGAAAGCGACCAUGAUGAAAUAUUUGUACAUCCCGACGAUCCAGUACCAUGGUUCCCAGAACAACAAUCACCUUCAUCAUCGAGUGAAAAACCUUUACGCUUGAAACGUCGUAAACGAUGUGGAGAGUGUGGUCCGUGUCAGAUUAAGACUAACUGUGGUGAAUGUCCAUACUGCGUUCGUAGAAGUGUAUUAAAACAAUCAUGCAUUUAUCGAAAGUGUAUCUAUUUACGAAAAACUGUGCGUAAGCCAUCGCCGAAAAAAGUAGAUAGACGGGCAUAUAAAAGAGAACUGCUGUUGGCUACUCGCGUAUCUAAAACGUACCCUCAUGAAUUGUUGUCACCUGAUGAGGAUAGCAGAUAUUCAUAUGAACUCAUGUCACCCCCUGCUGAUGGAGUUUACCCUGUUGGCCUCAUACAGGUAUCUCCUUCUCCAGGAGAUGGGGGAUAUCCCUUAGACUUAACAUCCUCUCCAGAAGAUGAAGAAUACAUCGCUGAAGCAAGAAGGCGUGUUCACGACACUAUCACUUUUCCAGAAUAUAGUAGUACUGAGUCAAUUGUAAUUGAACCAGUGUCAGCUUCUGAAGAUACUCCAGAUGAUACAGAUGAACCUCUCAUAUCCCCUGUUCCCGCUGAUAAUUCUCUUAGGUCAUCUAACAGUUCACCUGGGAAUACACCUAUAUCUAAUCCUACACCAUUUGCUAGGAUUGUACAUACUCCACCCCAUCCCAUGGACCAAUCGGAAAGUAAUGUUGAAAUCGUAAAUCCACAAAUGGUGAAUGCAUUAAAAACUGUUGAAGAGCAUGGACAUGAAUUCGUCCAGUAUACAAAACCUAAAACUCCAAUACCUUGUGAAUCUUCCAAAUCAACUGAACCUUUAAGAACUCGAACACCGGAAUUGUUUGAAUCAAGAAAUGAUCAUAAUAAAAGGGUUACAGGAGAUUCUUAUAAAACUUCUGAAUCUACCGAUUCUAGUAGGCCAUCGAGUGUUGUAUCUUCACCUUACAGUAUUGUGUCUUCACCUUACAGUGUUGCAUCUUCGCCACAUACUUUUCCAAAAGUGAUUCACAAACCAUUUCCGUGUAUUACACCACAUAGUACAGUUUUUACAAAUCCAAUUCAGUCAAUCAACUCCACUUAUAAUUCACCAAAAAUCAACCCGUUUAUCAGUCCACCUAACGUAACGGUAGGGCGUCUGGGAGGCUUCACACCAACUCAUGGCUCUGCGAAUAAAACUGGAUUAUGGCCAGAUAGAUUUGGUAGCUCUUAUCCUUUAAAUCUGUCAAGAACUCUAAAUCCUAGUGGAGGACCAGAAAUUCCACGUCACAGUGCACCAUCAGGUAUGUGGUCUUCAGGAAUACCUCCAUACAAUUACCCACCCAAUCCCAUGUCCAGAAUGAAUUUUCCACUAGGUACAUACCCACCGCCAUAUGCAAUGGGAGGAUAUGAUUUCUCAGCAGGUUAUCCACACCAACACCCCCUAUUAACUGGAUAUCCCUUUCCACAUCUACCAAGUAGGAUGGAAGGACUCGGACACCACCCAUUUCCCCCUCCCCAUAACCCAUUGUUUCCUCCAGAACGAUAUCCUGUGCCUCCCCCCGGAAUGUAUCCAGGUGGACUUUAUCCACCAUCAGUCUUAUCACCCUUCCGACAUCCGCAAGAGCAUUCUAUUUAUCAGGCUUCACAAGAACAAAUUCCACAGGCUGAAGAUUAUUCCAAGUCUCAAUCUUCAAAACAUCCUAAAACUCUGGAACCAUCUGAAAUUGAGAAAGCAGAAAUGGAAGAAUACAAAAAGUACAGCAUUUUCCGAUUACACAGUAAGUCUGAGUCUAAUAAUAACAAGGAAUUGGACAAAAAUCAAAGAAAGGAUGCAGUCAAAACAAAUGAUAAAGCUCCACGCUGUAACAAUGAAACACUAAAAAAGUUGCUAAAUAGUAAUAACAAUAAUAUUAAUAUAAAUAAAAAGGAGAUGUCAAAAUCUGACAUUGAUGAUGAUUUACGUAACGAAAUUCAUAAAGUGUCUGGGUAUUGUGGAUGUAAUUUUAUCACAAUAGAUGAUUUGAAAAUGCAAGCUUUAAUUCGCUCCGAUGGAGUCAACAAUUUAGAAAUUGAAAUUCCUAGUCCAGACAGUCCGAUAAAAGAUUCAUUAAAAAUGUGUAAUAAUAAUAUGUGCAAACAAUCAAGAUCAAAAUCUAACGAAUCUGAGUUCUCUACUAAUAAGGUCCCUAAAGAUUCCUCCAACCUCCCUACCAAAGUACUUUCUAAACCUGUGCUAGUAACAGGUAAUGUUUGUCUGAAACAGGAUUUAGGGGAUGAAGGUAUCCUGAUGCUUGAAGUUCAAUGUGAACGUGUAAAGUUAGUGCAAUGUGUUUUGGAUGACGAACUUCUGAAACAGUCAAACGAUCCAAAAGAGCUUCGUGAAUAUAUUCGAAAAUCACAACCAUCCGAGGAUUGUGAAGAAACUGGGACCAAACAAAUGGAUAUUGAUGAACCUUUAGAUCUUUCAUCAGCAGAAGAAUCAAUAACUUUGACAGCAUCUUCAAGGGAGUCUAUAUCCUUAGGAAACAACCAUGGCGUGUUAACAACCAUAUCAUGUUCAAGGGAAUCUUUGUCUAGUGGGAAAGAGCACAGCCAAAUUACUUCAUCUGCAUCUUCAAGGGAGUCUUCACUCUUCAGGGAAUCAUACAACGAUACAUUAAGAAUAAUAUCUAACAAUGAUGCUGUUAAUAAUCUUUUUACUACAUCAAAUCAAUCCAGUACAAACUCUUUAUCACAAAACACAUCAAUUGACUUAAGUAAUAAAGACUCAAGUGUCAGAAAGUUUUCCAAUUUGGAUAAAGCCCAAAUUAUAUCAGGAAUUCCUUCCAGCAAUACCUCAAUUUUGAGAAAUGGUUAUCUUGUGCCUCCUUCCAAAACUAAUUUCUCUGACAACACACGAUCUAUAAUGCAUAGACUAUCGACCUUUGUAGACACAACUAUUAGCACGUAUAAAGAUGGCAUCAACAAUGCUGAACCAGAAAGUGAUGCAUCAUUAAUGUCCAGUGAUUAUCUCCCAAGCGGUGAAAAUAAUACGAAUAAUUUAGCGGAAGACAUGAUCUGUAUUGAGAAAUCACAGUUUGAGCCAAUGGAAGUUGAAAAUGACAAUUCUCUGACAUCUACUUCGCAAAGUAUCGAAUCUAGUACAGUAAAAACUGUGAGUGCUAUUACAAUUGAACCAUGUGAAAUAGAAUCAUGUGAGAACUCUAUCAAUAAUACUACCGAGUCAAUUUCUUCAGUUUCUACAGGGUUAACUGCUAAUGAUUGUGUUUCCAAUACAUGCGACCGGUCUUUUGAAAUAUUACCAAGUGAAAAUUGUGUUACUGAUGAACAUUUAACCCAAAAACCAGAAAAUAUUGACACUGACUUAUCCAAAAAUAGUGAAUCUGUUAUCUCAUCUUCACGAGAAUCUUCAGAUAAUAUUUUUGAUCUGUCCAUGUCUUCUGUAUGUUCUGUGUCUCAAACAGUGCAUAGUGGACAUGAUGAAAUGGACACUCAGGAGAUGUCAAAAAAAACCUCUAAAAUAAAUUCAUUAAACAAUACCAACAUUGAUUCUGCACAAGACCAUGUCUCUGAAUUACAGAUAUGUGAAGGGGAAAAUUUUGUUAAAGAUACAAACUCCAUGAGAUUUAAUGAACUGAGUGACAAUCAUCCAUCAAAACAUUUUGAAAAAUCACCCACUAACGAAAAUGACUGUGAUUUUGAUAGUGAGCUUCCAGCAGGGUAUUUUCCUGGGAAAUAUUCAAACCUAAAAGACAUGUUUCAUGUGACAAGUCAUACCAACACAAUUUUUGUAUACGAUGACAACAGAGCAACACCAGAAACUCCAGCAUCAAGAUCUGAAGCAGAUGCUUCAAUUGUUAGAUAAAAUAUAAGUGAAUUAUCUGCUUUCAUGUACAAUUUUGAAAGAUUUUCCCAAUCUGAUUAAGAUCAGAUGUCAAUUCUGUUUCAUUUUAUUUCAGAUGUUGUACUACAUUUAUAUCCGACAUGUUAAUGUUAAGAUAACAUGAACUAAUUGACCAGUCAAAUUAGAAUAAAAUACGACUUCAAUGAAUAUAAAAAUCAAAAACCUGAUUAUAUCUUGGUCCAUCUUUUAAUUAAACAAAUUUUAAAUAUUUCUGUGUUAACCAGUUUAAAUAUAAGGAUUACGACCAAUAGGCUUAUGUAGUACAGAUGUCCCCGGGGAAAUUAAACAAAAAUUCUAUCUAUAUGUAAUUUUAAUUAGAUUGGGUUUUUCCAGUUUUCCUUUUUACAUUGCCACAUUGAAAUGUGGUCAUCUGUCACCACUUGUGAAGACUUUAUAGACUGUACAUGUAUAAUCCAAUGUUUUCUGCAAUUUGAGAUGAAAAACCCUAUUAUUGUCCUUUGAUCACGUUACUUCUAGAAAUUUAUACCACUAAAUCAGGUGCUGGUUGCCAAGCAAAUUUCUCUGUCAUUUAUACAUAUAAUAAUGAAGUUGCAAAUUAUAAACACUUGUUACUGAUCAUAUGACUUUCAUACAUUAUACACCUGAACAUAUUAGCUAACGAUUGUCUAGUUUGCUUAAGAAAAAAAAGGUUGAUAUAAUUAUGUAGUGUACAUGUAGGUUCCCAAUGGCAUUAUAGUGAAGCCCUUGCAUAUAUACAGUGCAUUUGUAUAUUGGGUGAAGUCAUUUUUUUUUUCUUUUGUGAAAUGUUCAUAGUUGUAAUUCAUAAAUACUCAUCAUAUUUUAAGUGCUUAACAUAAAGACAUACAACAUAUAUUGUACAUGUGUAAUAUACAUUCUAGACUCACACUGUUAGUUGUGUUAAACAUAGUCCAAUUUUCAAUAGCAGUUUUCAGGGUACAAUUAUUAUGUCUCUUCACUAAAUGGUCCCAAUAGCGUAAACUUGUCAUACCAGUGUAAAUGUAAGAAAAAGAUGCUUUCUUUUUAGUAAUAUUUGCCUGUUUUGACUCUGGCAGUGAAAUUGACUGGCAGCCGAACUUUCAUGUCAAUUAAAUUGGCCAGCAUGAGAACUUAUCUGUCAUCAAUUUACAUGCCAUACAGGACUUGACUGGCAAAAUGUUUCAAACAUCUGACCCCUGUCAAUCAUUAUAGUUGUAUUUUAAUUAAUCAUAUUUUGUUGCAUCAUUAAAUAAUCCUGUGUAGCUGGUUUCAUCAAUAGUGUUUCUACAGUGGAUAAAAAAAAAAAUCUGUCCUCUGACAAGAUUGAUAAAUUUGUUUGGGCCAUUUCCCCCCCCCCCCCCCUGGCAGUUUUGUUUACUUGGUCAAAGCUCCAGGGUCAGUAUAGAUUUUUCUGCAUUUUUCCUGUUGGGAAUUACUUUUAUUGCAUUGCACACUAAUUAUUUAGUCUAUUUACCCAAUCUAGUCAUUAAUUGGCCUCCGGAACCAGAUAAUUCAUUUGAGACACAACUUGUUUGCCAUUGAGAAAAGCACUGUUAAAACCAUACUUAUCUUUGUUGUGAAACUCAAAAAUCCCAUUGCAUAAACCUGUACUAAGGCAAGGACAAAGACUCAAAAAUCUGGUUUUAAUGUCAUUAUUACAUUUGAAGAAGGCUCUUUUUCUACAUGGACUGUCAAUUUUUAUGUGACACUAGAAAUUUAUUUUUAUGUUGCCUUUUUGCGAAAUCCACUCGCUACUCCAUUAACUGAAAUUGCCAAGAGAAAGGCCAAAAUAUUAAGUUUCCUGGUUGCAAAUAUUAUUAACUACAUAUAUAUUGAUUUUAUUACAUCAAAAUUAUAUAUCUUUAGUGUUGCGAAUAUUAUUAACUAUAUUGUAUAAAGAUGAAAUAUCUACAGUGUAUAUAUGUAUAUUAUACAAUACAAAGUGCAAAGGUUAAGAAUUCUUUAAUAUUGUUUGGUUAUAUAAGUUUAUAUAUAACUUGGAUUUAAACUAUUUUCAUUUUUUAUGAAAAUUAAAAAUAUAUACAAAUGAA